AUGGCCUCUCCAGAAGGAGUCCUGAAUGGCUCCUCCUCAGAUAUCCAAGCAGACGACAAAACGUUGGUAGUGAAGCCGGAAGACCAGUUUGUCAACAGCGACAACAACAGCAACAGCGAUGCCGAGAAGGGCCAGGUUUCGCAAGAAGUCCUCGACUGGGACAAUGACCCUCAUAAUCCAUACAACUGGCCUGCGUGGAAGAAAGGCAUGAUGGUGUUUACUAUUUCUACAAUGGGUCUCACAAUAUCAAUAGCCACAUCCAUCUCCAGUUCGUCUGUCGGCCUUUUGCAACAGGAAUUUGGUGUAAGCAGAACCGUCGCCCUGCUGCCCCUUACUCUCUACGUCGUCGCCCUUGGCCUUGGCCCAGUAAUUGGAGGCCCCCUUUCCGAAACGAUUGGCCGAUAUCCUGUCAUCAUGGGUGGCAUGCUUCUCGGCUCCUUCUUCACCAUUGGAGCCGGCUUCGUCCACAACUUUGGCGCCUUGUGUUUCUUCCGAUUUCUCACUGGGUUCUUGUGGGCUCCUGUGUUGGCCAAUGCUCCUGGAUCGCUUUCAGAGACGUUUAUGCCAAAGACAAGAGGGCCCGUCAGUGCUCUUUUUAUUUUAACUCCCUUCUUGGGCCCUGGCCUGGGACCCGUCAUCGGCUCUUUCGUUUCUGUCGACAAGGGCUGGCGCUGGACCGAAUGGACAAUGCUCUUCUUCGCCGCCUUCACCAUCACACUAGGUUGCUUCAUUGGAGAGACUUUCCACCCAAUCCUCAAGCGCCGUCUGGCUAAGAAGCGUGGCCUUGAGGUCCCCCCACUUCCUCCUGUGAGCGAGCGUAUCAAGACUUUCGCCGUUGUGGCCGCUGUUAGACCACUUCUCAUGCUCUUUACUGAGCCCAUCGUUUCGUUCAUCUGCCUCUACGUCGCCGUCAAUUUUGGCACCCUUUUCAGCUUCUUUGGCGGCGUUCCAUACUCGUUUGGUCUGGUAUAUGAUUUUGAUAUCGAGCAGUCCGGCUUGGUCUUCCUUGCUAUUGUCAUCGGCUGCUUCCUCGGCCUUGCGACCAUCAUGGCCUGCGAGAUAUUCUUCUAUCGAAAGCAGGCCGUCAAUUACCCUCCUCACAAGAUUCCUCCCGAGCACCGACUUUAUCCCGCCAUGUUGGGCUGCUUUGGACUGCCCAUCGGUCUCUUCUGGUUCGCUUGGACGGCGCGAAAGGACAUCUCCUGGGCAAGCCCUGCGGUAGCCAUCAUUCCUUUUGCUUGGGGCAACUUCUUGGCACGAUAUGGCUUCGCCGGCGUGUUUCCCCUUUUCACUAUCCAAAUGUACGAAACUCUUGGGAUUCACUGGGCUACCAGCUUGCUGGGAUUCAUUGCCCUAGCGCUAAUUCCCAUUCCCUUUGUUCUUUACCGAUUCGGUCCGACUAUCCGGGCGAAAAGCAAGUUUGAGACUCACAAGUACGAGUGA